GACGCGCUGCCGGCGCCGGCCCUGCGUCCCCAAACUGAGAAGGGUGCGGGAAAGACUUGUCGAGGUCGGGCUGAGUUACGGAAAACGAUCAGAGCUUUGGAAAUCCCGGUUGGUUCGACCGGUUCUGGCCCCAGCCCCGGGUUUCCCCUCAGGAACCCACCAAAGGCGUCCUCGGCCAGCCCGGUGGCUGGCGGUGCCAGGUCGGUGUCAGGCAGUGAGAGACACGUUUGAGAUUUAUUAGUAAAACUAAAGAUUGGAGGUAGAGUCUAAACCUCUUCCAGGUGUCCCUCUAAAACAUUUAUUUCUCCAUGUAAUUCUCCUGAUGGAAGACCAGCCGGGGUUCCCGUUCUGCAGUUUGUGCUGAAUAUUUGCUUGGAGGGGUGGUGAAUGAGUGAAGAUACAUUUGGUGAUGGUUCAGAUGUGGGAAUUGCUCCGGAUGUGGUUGCUGCUGAUGCUGCCCUGGGAAAAUGCCUUGAUAGGGAAUUAACACCAUUCAGUGAUGGGCUGUGGGACAAGCAAAGUGCUUCCCGAGCCCCCCAAAGAUGUGCAGCUAGACCUGGUUAAAAAAGUCGAGCCUUACACAGGCCACAACGACAUAUACAAGCAUUUCAUCAAAGAUGACUGCGGGACUGUCAUCAGAGCUGGCUCUCCCUCACCUCCCCGUCACGCUAACCCCUAUCCCGGGACCCACCUGCCUGCCCACGUGGACCAGCCUGAGCCUCGCAAGAACAAAGUGGCUAAAUACCGUGCCAAAUUUGACCCCCGAGUGACAGCCAAGUAUGACAUUAAAGCCCUGAUCGGGAGAGGGAGCUUUAGCCGCGUUGUGCGGGUGGAACACAAGGCUACCAAGCAGCCCUACGCAAUCAAGAUGAUCGAGACCAAAUACAGGGAGGGGAGGGAAGUGUGCGAGUCGGAGCUGAGUGUGCUGCGGCGCGUUCGGCACACCAAUAUCAUCCAGCUUAUUGAGGUGUUUGAGACCCAGGACCGGGUGUACAUGGUGAUGGAACUGGCCACGGGAGGAGAACUGUUUGAUCGCAUCAUUGCUAAAGGUUCCUUCACCGAGAGGGAUGCCACGCGUGUGCUGCAGAUGGUGUUAGAUGGUGUGAAGUACUUGCAUACGCUGGGUAUCACACACCGGGACUUAAAACCAGAGAACCUGCUGUACUACCAUCCGGGAACAGAUUCCAAAAUCAUGAUCACAGACUUUGGACUGGCAAGCGCUCGGAAGAAGGGGGACGACUGCCUGAUGAAAACCACGUGUGGGACCCCAGAGUACAUUGCUCCUGAGAUCCUGGUCAGGAAGCCGUACACGAACUCUGUGGACAUGUGGGCGCUGGGUGUGAUCUCGUACAUUCUCCUGAGCGGCACUAUGCCCUUUGAAGAUGACAACCGCACCCGCUUGUACCGGCAGAUCCUGAAGGGAAAAUACAGUUACUCAGGCGAGCCCUGGCCCAGUGUGUCCAACCUGGCCAAGGAUUUCAUCGAUCGUCUACUCACGGUGGACCCCAGCGACAGGAUGACAGCCCUUCAGGCCUUAAAGCACCCGUGGGUGGUCAGCAUGGCAGCCUCUUCCUCCAUGAAGAACCUACACCGCUCCAUCUCGCAAAACCUUCUCAAGAGGGCGUCUUCCCGCUGCCAGAGCACCAAGUCUGCGCAGUCCACCCGCUCCAGCCGCUCCACCAAAUCCAACAAGUCGCGGCGGGUUCGGGAGCGGGAGCUGCGGGAGCUCAACCUGCGCUACCAGCAGCAGUACACUGGCUGAGCAGCGGGCCGGGACCUGCCAGGCGGCUUUCCGGGGGGGUCUUCUCCGCGGUCUAGGUGCGCAGCCCCCUUCGUGGCACGCUCACUCGGCGAGGAACAUCCAGGUUCCUCCCUCUCUUCCUCCCGGGGUGUGUGUGUCCCCCCCCCCCAACCAUGAGGAGGUGUCCUCCCGUGUCCCCCCGUCCCCCCCCAGCUUCGGAGGAAAGGGAACCUCAUGGUGGUCAUCACACCCCGCAAGCUGUGCCACCACGCAGCGGGAAACGGGGGAGCCCUUGUGGGCUCAGAGCACAGCUCAGAGCCUCGAGCAAUACACAAAUCAAGGAGCCACGUGGGGAGAAGAGCUCUUUCUGUAGCCCAGGAGCUUGGUUGUUCGUAGUUAUUUAUUAAUUCCAGAGCGUUAAGUUGCUCUCACUUGCAUACAAAAAAGAAAAAAGAACUCACUUUGUGUGUGUGUGCAUGCACGUAUGUGUGUGCACAUACACAUGUGGGUGUGUACAUGUAUUUAAAAAUUACAUAUACACAGAUUUUGAGCUGGUUUAGUCAGCCUCUGGUGCCUUUGCAGAGAAGCUGGUGUGAGUCACAUGCGGUUGGAAGUAGAGUAGCUCUGACUCACCGGUGUGCUGCCCACCAGCUCCUCGUCCCGAUACAGCACCGAGGAGAUGCCAGACAGCAGUUUUCCCUGACGCAGCGAGGUUUCCCGUCCCCCUGAUGACAUCAGGGGUUUGCUCAAGCUGUGCAAGUGCUGCUCUGCAAAUCGGCAAGCAGGCUGAAGUGCCGCGAGCUCUCGGGGCUGUAGUCUGAUUCCUUCGAUGCGGACGACGGGGUGGGUGCUCCUGGUAGAGGGGUGGGAAGGGGAUCCUCGUCCUGCAGGAACUGGGACACGGAGGGAUGUCUUCGGCAAGGCAGGCUUUUUGGGGGGGGGGUUCCUUGCUGUCCCCCUUGAAUUAUCCAUCCCCUGCUUGUGGCAAGACCAGGGCCUACCAUGCAAGCUUUGUUGUUCUUGCUGUGACGUGGCCCUGCCGUGCCUGUGAGCUGUUAUGUGUCUUGUGCCCUUCAGGCUGGUGUUACCGACCAUGUCACUUCACCAAAACUUCGAUGGUUCCAGGUGUUGCUCCCCCUCUGCAGAUUUUACGGGGCUCCCCUGCUUUGCAUGCCCGUUCUGCCCCCAGUCUUGCUGCCCCUGCUCGGGGACAGCGAGGUGGUGGUGGGAGCUGUUGGGUUGGCCACAAAUGGCUCCAGAGCAUCAGGGUAGGGGCUCGAAUAGCAGAGAUCCAAUCCUGGAGCGUCGGCAGAGAUAACGCCCUGGAGAGGUUGCAGAAAAUCCUUAGAGCUGUUAGGUAUGUCUUAAUCCAACAGGGAAAAAAGCUGCCUUUUUAGGUUUCCUUGUGCUGGAUGGGUGAUGUGGGGACCUCUUGGGAAUGAGCUCUGGGGGGAGGAGGCGGGUGCUGUAGAGCUGAGCUUUGUGCAAGCCUGCUGAGAGAUCUUCCCAGCUAGUCAGAGCAGCAGAGCGGGGCUGUUGGCACAGUCGCAGGGUGCGUUCGGCUUCUUGUGAUAGCAGAGCCAAGAUCCUGGAGUGAAGGUGAAUGCUGGUUUUUGAAGCUUUUCAUACAAAGCCCUGUGGUUUGCUUCACGCUGUGCCCUUGAAGUGCUUGCUUGGCUCUGGGCUGGAGAGGCAGGCUAUGCAAGCUCAAGGGGCUGGCGAGCGUGGCCUUUCCGCCCAGGGCUGAUGUCUGUGACACUGUGUUUUAGUGUCAGCAAGGUUUUAAGUGGUCGAUCACAUCUCCAGGGAGCUCUGACUACUGGCCACAGGCCCCAUCUUGGUCAGACAACAGCAAAGCAGUGCAGCUUCAGUGGGAGAAGAUUGAUUUUUCUGUGUUAAGGAAAAAAAAAAUAAAAAAUAAAUUAAAAAAAAAAGGGAAUUUCUAGGGAUGUGCUUCCCAUCCCAAAGCUGGGAUGGGCUAUAACCACUGUGAGCACAGCCUUGUGCAUCCAAGCAUGCAAUGGGGAAUACAGCAAAGGAAACCUGAGGACAGCCAAUAUGUGUAGCAGGGAUGAAUUCUGAAUCCUUUGCAUGGUUUCAUGUAUUAUUUCAAAAAUCCUGCAUCCUUUGCAGGCUGCCCUUUCUCCGAGUGGCCAUCCUACCAUAUCACAUGCAGUGUUUCUCCCACCAGCAUCAACAGAUACUGCAGAAUUACCAAAAAUUGUUUUGUUCAACUGUAGACUGGAAAAAAAAAAAACAAAAAAAAAGUUUCUUCAGCUUGUUUUACCUUCCUACGUAGUUUUCCUUGGUUUGUUACUAUGAACGAGAUGUGAUUUGUGACAAAAUAGGCAGCUUGCCACAUUUUGCUUCAUAAACAAUUCGGUGCCCAUCAUAUUACUGCAAACAGCUCUCCAAAUGCAGCAAUCACUCUAAGACAAGUGUCAGCUGGAAGAUUGUUCUUGCUCUGUGCCUUAGGAGAUGGCAGGCUGCUCUCGCAGGUUGCUUCUCGUUUUGAGCUGUUACUCCCGAGAGUCUUCUGCACGUUUGGAGAAUUACACCCCGGCACUGCCAUCUCUCUUCCAUCCCGGGUGCUUUCAUGGCCUUCCCCAGAUUACCUUGCAUGUUUGUUUUUAAAAUGGGUAUCUGGCCUACGUGAGGUGGUCAGACUGAUGAACUGAGCCAGGACCUCUGGAACCUGCGAGCCUUCCCUCUAACCACGAGGCCAUCAGAAUGCCCAGGCGUUGUGCAGGUGUCUACCCGUGCUGUUCCUUCGUGCAUUCUCCUCCUAGGGCUGGGAUAAAUGAGGUCAGGCUCAUUUAUCUGGUCUGGCCAGGCUUGUUUCUCCACCUUCACAAAACAGAACAAGAAUAUUCUCAUCUGUAGCAUUUCUUGCUUCGUUGCUCUUUUCAGCAAUUGGUUUUUCACCAGGAAAAUUUCAGAGCGAUGUCACUGGUGGCGAGUGUGGGCUGGAAUAUGUUUUGGGAAGUGUGAGAUGUUGCUGUAGAAGUUCCUGACAGUGUCACUUUUCUGUGGUGAUACUCUGUGCCUGGGAGGGAAACUGUUAGAAGGGAGGAUCCUUCACAUACGUGAGCAGAACUGCGUAGCUGCAGCCUGCCUCUUUGGGCUGUGGGGAUGUUUGUGGUCCUCAGGUAUCCUGCUGCUAGGGAAUUGCACCAGAGAGGACCAAGUCCAACCCAGAAGGGGCUUUGGCUUUUCUAGAAAAAUAACCCUAAUUCUCUUUACAAAUGCAGUGUUUUCUCGUUUGCGUGGAAAAAUCAACAUAAAUGUGGGGAAAAAAAUCUUCAUGGGGUUUUCUUCCAUCAUUUGAUUAUAACACUCUUGGCUCAAUCCCUCUUCUUUUUCUAAAUUCAAUAUUUGCAGGAACUCUUAUACCCAGACAGUAACAUGUGUGGGCAGAGGGGAGACGAGCAGAGCGCUGGCCAAGUGUCCCUUGGAGUCCUCUGUGGCCUUUCUGUUUUCACUCUGUCUGGAAAGCUGUGAUGGUCCAAAUGCUAUGUUGCAAGGUCCAGCUUAAGAGCAGUUCCUCAUGUGUUUUUAUCCUUGCAGUUGUGGAGCGUUUUCAGCUGGGUCUGGUGGGGGGGACAGGUGAAGUGCUGUAAUUUUGAGCCAUAGUUCAGGUGCCUUCCAAUCUGUCCUCUAAGAAUCUCUUCACUGUGAAUUAUCUCGAUCAUCUGUCUUCAUAUAUAUUCCAUAGGAGCAUCUCAGUGCUUGGUUUGUCUUAAAUCUCAGGAGUUUAUACUUUUCAGGGGCGCCUUGUUCGGGGAUUUUAGAAGCUAAAAUCUCUCUGCGAUGUUUUUUCUGCUCUUCUGUUUUAAUUGUUAAAACCUUCUUGUUUGGCUCUUAAUGGUGGUUCUUUAUCUGGCUCACAGGGGUUUUUAGAAGGCUUCCUUUGGUACUGAAUUAGCCAGGAGGACGCAGAUAACAAAUGCACGUUCCAGACCAUUGCUGAGUUGCGGUCUUGAGGUUGGCUGGAGUGCGAGUCUCAAGAGCACUUUUGUUCAGGCUGUGAAAAUGAAGUUGGAAUGACACCUAGUGGCAAACUGUAACGUGUCCUUGUCCAAGCACAGCCCUCUUCUAGUUACGUUCCCACCGUUCCUGGGGGAGAUGCUCUUACAAAGAGGAAUCUGGGUUUGGUGCGCUGAGGGAUGGUCUUGGACCACACCUGCAGUCUUAGAUGUUCAGCAGCCUCCUCAGCGUGGCACCUCUUUCUCCCACGCUGAUCCCAAAGGGCAGCAUUUUAGCCCACGCGUGAGUCCCGCUGGAAGGGGUGCUGAAUGCUGGGGCAGGGACACGUGCGACCAACCCCCAGUGUCUCGAGGAGAUUAUUCACCAGCACCCUGCCUCGGGGAGACAUCUUAGGGGACGCUAGGAGAAAGCGAAGCCUAAAGAUGCCGAGGCUGGCGUCGGUAGGUUCGGGACUUCCUCACAUCAUGAGACACGAUGGAGCAGCUCAGGGCGGUGCUUCCCAGCGUGUUCUGUUUCAGGGAAAUGCAGAUUUAAGGAAUAAAGGGAAUUCUCGUUGUUUGUCUAUUGGAACUUAGCGGCACUGUGUAAAACAAUCCCAUCAUUUUGUCCUGGGAGUUUGGCUGCUCUCUUGGAGAAGAGAAUUACGUCUUCAAAGAACAUGGCCUGUUGAUUCCUUGAUUUUUUUUUUUUUUUUUUUUUUUUUUGGAUGGUCAUUGGAAAUGGAUGUGAAAAGGUCUUCCAGAAAUAACACUAGGAGGUCUACAGACUUGCAUCAGAUUUUUGUGUGUGUAAUGUAUUUUUCUAUGCAUUUUGCUAAAACAGCAAUUACUUGUCCACGUUUAAUUUCUUUUAACCCUUCUCAAGCUUCUUAAAAACUACCGCGUCAACCCAGUGGCGGUAGAAACCCCCCUUGUUUCAAUCCAGAACUCUGUGCUGUUCAACCCUGAGGUUGUGAGAGUGUCCAGAUGCUCCUUGCCAGUUCCUGGACCGCGUUGUGCUUGGAAACGCAGAGCUGUACGUGUGGGACAGCUUUACAGCCUCGCCAGGGGUGUAAGCCCAGACAGCAAGGCUCUGGCGUGGGUACUGGUGUGGAAACCAGCUGCAGUGUAGGGCCGGCCUUACAUAUUUGGUUUGGAAACAAUAAACCCUCAAACUCUUAACUUUGGAAUUUGGGUAUGUCCUCCUUUUAGGUCAGAUUUUUUUCUGCUCUGGUCAUUUACAUUCUUUCUUAUACCCAGCUCCAUUUCUCAAUGCUGUUUUCUAGCCGGGUGUUUGGCUGAAGUACUGGCGUAGUCAACUUUUAUGUGAUGCACAAACUGGAAUGGGAGUUACGCUAAACUCAGUUACUGGGCAGCAACUUUGGCUUUGGCUCUGCUGGAGCCUUCGUGGGACCCGGAGCAAGGCAGAAGCACCCGUAUGGUGCCUUGCAGGUGGGAGAAGGCUCCCUUUGAGGACCCUGCAGCGCAGGCUCAGCUCAAGCUGAUCGGGUGCAACGUAGGACAACCAGUGCUUGGCUGUUACAGACUCUGUGGGGCCAUAUUCCUGUUUUAAAUGAUGAUACUAAAGAUUUUGGAGGGGUUGAGGCGGGGUAAAUUCAAAUCUCAAUUGUUUGACUUAAUUUAGUUUUCGAAAUGAUGAAAAGCAACGCGGGGGUGGUGUUGGGGCAGGGAGGGGAUCACACCCUCUGGAAGAGUUCUGUUCCCUGGCCGCGGUGUAUUCCAGAUGAGCCCUUGGAUUUGCAGGGAGGGUGGUGGUGUCCUGGCCUCUCACCAGCUCGGCUUCAUCCCAGAAAAUAUCACAAAGUGCCUGUACCGCUCGGUGCCGGAUACCCAGCCCCAAGUUGCCUACACCACUCUCGGGGGGGUUUUUGGUGCUUUUUUUUUUUUUGACCACUCAGUCUACUCUUUCAGCCUGGAUUAAGAACGUAGCUCUUGGGUGCUCCCGAGGCAGGUGCCUGCAUGUCAGCUGUGCCUUAUUCUUCAGUAAAUUUGCCCAAAAAAAAAAAAAAAAAAAAAAAAAAAAAAAGUGAAGCAGCAGGGAUGCGCGGUGGCGAUGACGUUAUGGAGUUCGGUGCCUCCCACCCUCGGUGUCCCUGUGGUGGAGGGAUCACAGGAGGCAAGGGGCUGCUGCCUGCCUGGUGACAGUUUUUUUUUUUCCUUCUGCUGUCCUCCCCUGCACCGUGACACUGUAGCUCACCCGUGCGCGACGGGCACGCCGCCGCUCGCUGCUCUUGCGAAUGCCGUUGCGCUGUGCUCGUGCGCUGCACGUGGAGAUCCACAGCCCCGGCGCGGGGCACUGAAAAGGAGCCGCUCCUGCGAGCACGCCCAGAUGCCGUGAGUUUUCCCGUUGCAUUUCGCUACGGAAAGACACCUCCCGGGAAGCUCUCGGGACCGGAGGUCGUCCGGCACUUGCUGUUAUUUUUGGUCGCCAAAUUUCCGGUGCUGGGUUGGAACGGUUUGGAAGUAACUCCGGUCGCAUCCCGCCUGUCUCCUAACGGGGCUGUUUUGAGAAGCAUCCAGAUCUGUGACUUACUUUUCAAGUCCUGUCGUUACACUAAGGACUGUCUUGUAGGAUGAGGUCUGAACCAUUGUAAUUAGUCUGUAACAUUCCGAUUAGAGUGUACAGAAUUAUUUAUUUUGUGUACUCGGUCUGCUAAACAUGUAAAUGUAUUCUGUGUACCCCA